AUGGUUUACAAAUUUGAGGCUGUGCCAUGGGGAUUAAAAACUGUAUGGUAUUUUUAAGAACUCAAAGAUUCAGUGCCCUAAAUUCUUACUAUUGUAAACAAGAAGAAAUUUGAUGCCAUCAUUAUGCCCAUUUUCCCAGCCAAUAUUGAAAGAGAAGGGAAUAUUAAUGAUUUCAUCAAGCAUUCCUAUUUAAAAUCAGAAUUAGAAGUUAAAUCAGAUGACAUCUAGAAGUUACACUUUCUAAUCUCCAAUCUGAGUCUGAGUGAUGAGAACAAAGAGGUGAGAAAAAGGAAUAGAGAGAUUUUGAAAUAGGAAAUACAAUUCGCAGCAUAUUUGGGUGUACCAUCAAUCAUUUUAAGUUCGAACAGUGAUCCAAUUAAACUGGCCAAAUUCAUAAGAAAAGUAUAAUACCUAUAUAACCUUAGAUGUCAAUUAAAUAUUUUAUUGAUUUGAACACAUUUGUAUUGGAUGUAGACAUCACAAAGGAUUGGAUUAAGUAUAACCAAAUUAGAUAGGAAUUACAAUUCAACAUCCCAAUACUUCUUAGAUUAAAGAAGGAGAUGACAACCAAGGUAUUAGUGAUAAUAAUAAUGACCUAGAAUGAGCAAAGAAAAUGGCUAUCUGAAAACAUACGAUUUGUGCAUUUGAAUCAAGACCUCUUUUCAAUGAAUGAUUAAGGAGCUCCAAAAUUGGAAGAUGCAUAAAACUAAUUUUUGACUUCAUAUUUCCAAUUUGAAAACUACAUCUCAAUAGCUGCCAAAUCCCCUUAGAUAGAUUUGGCUGAUCAUAGAUAAUACUUGAUUCAUCUAUUCAAAAAUCAAUAGCCCUUGUCAGAGCAAGCCAAUUUAGCAUCUGAAUUUUUCGAUGAAUUAUAAAUUCCUCUUUAACCUUACAAGGAUAAUUUGAAUUCAGGAACCUAUGAAGUUUUUGAAUAGGACAAAAUAAAAUAUGAUUUGUAUGAGGAUGCAUGCAGAAGAUACUUGAAGAAUGUUAAAAAGGCUGAGAUCAACAUUUUAAUGGCAGGUGCAGGGAGAGGAGGUAUAUUGGAGAGAGUGAUUUUCUCAGCUUAGGGUGCGAAAUGCAAAACAAAGAUAGUGGCAUUAGAGAAAAAUCCAUAUGCUUAUAUGACAUUAGUGUUUUAAAAGAAGAGAUAAAAGUAAUGGAAGGAUGUGGAAAUCGUUUUGGGUGAUUUAAAAUCUUGGUAAACUGAAUUAAAAUUUGAUUUAAUUGUUUCUGAAUUAUUGGGUAGUUUUGGAGAUAAUGAAUUGUCACCUGAAUGUUUGAUGUGGGCUUAAAGGUUUUUAUAACCAGAUGCGGUAAGUAUUCCUUGUGAUUCUGUCUCAUAUUGUGUUCCUGUAAGUUGUCCCUAAUUGCAUGCAAAAGUUAAAAAGAGCUAUGGAUAUGAUUCUAGCUACGUCGUUCAUUUUUAGAAGUAUUACACAAUACAUGACAUUUAAAAAUGCAUGCAAUUUAAACAUCCAGAUUUCAACAAUGAAAAUCAAUUAGCAUAGGAACAAGUAUUAAGUGUUCAUUCUAUAAAUAGAACUUGGUUUUUGAGUGUAAAUAGGAUUUGUUGAUUCAUGGAAUGGCUGGGUAUUUCACUUCCAAAUUGUAUGAGGAUAUUGAACUCAGUACACACCCAAAUAAUAGUACUCCAGACAUGUACUCUUGGUUUCCUAUUUAUUUUCCUUUUGAGGUAAUUGAAACUUAAUAAUUGAUUAGAAACCUGUAAAUAUUGCAAAGAAGCAGAAGUUGAAGUUCACAAUUAAGAGAGUGAAUAAUGAGGAAGGGGUUUGGUAUGAGUGGUUCAAUUCAGUGUUGAGUGAGGAUGAUUAAUUGUUGGAUGGCAGUAGAAUUCAUAAUGAAAAUGGGAAGAAAUAAAUAAUUGAAAUUAAAUGA